AUGAGACAGGCGGGUGAGGUGUCCGGCAGGAAGGGAAGUGGCCAGAGCAGUGCGGGCAGUGCCAAGUUCAUCUGUGGUGCUUUCCGCCUGAGCAGAAGAAAGGAAGUCUUAUGGAUCUGGAAGAACAGGAAGUCUGCCACGACACUGACAGAUUCCUGGGAUGGACCGCCUUUGAAUAGCAUCUUAUGGUAUUUUGUUCAAGAUGGCGGUGGCGAGCAUGGAAAAGGACGCGAUAAACACCGAAGAAGUUCUUCACCUUAACAAUUCAUUCGGAGAUGCUGGACUAAUCUCUCCCGAUAAAGAAGACAUCUCUCGUAUUCUGACAGUUCCUUUCAGUGGACGGAUCAGAGGUGGGUUGAGGCCUGGUAAGAAGAUAAUUGUCAUGGGCAUCAUUGAUCCAGAGCCAGACAGCUUUGAAAUCAUUUUGACAUGUGGCCACAUUGAUGAGAAGGAUGAUGAGGAGCUUGCUGAUGUGGCUCUCAAACUCAGCGCACGAUUCACUGACAGACAGUUCUUGAGGAAUGCACGAGUUUCGGGGAAAUGGAGUGAGGAGGAGGCAGCCAUAGCUUACUUCCCCUUCAUACCAGACCAGCCAUUCAGGAUUGAGAUCCAUUGUGAGCACCAGCGGUUUAGGAUCUUUGUGGAUGGACAUCAGCUGUUUGACUUUUAUCACAAAGUAAAGUCUUUGCUGGCCAUUAAUAUGAUCAGGAUAGAUGGGAGUCUUCAGAUCACUAAGCUGGGCUAACCAAGCACAUUUGAGCAUGCUCCAGAAAGGACUUUGCACAGGUGACUACGCCUGCCUGAGCACUUGCCUCAAGCAGUGAAGGCCUUGGGGCUGCCGCUCGCACAAAGGCGUCAACAUCAUCUGCAUUUUUCUUCUCUCUGUCCUUUUCUCUUUUCCCCCUCUAACUUCUCACUGUAAUAAUUUCUGAGUUUUGAAUCAUAACAGGUUUGUCAAAGGUUGCAAUAUCAGAUGUGUUUCCUUUCCUUCACAUCUUUGCUUCACAUAGUAGCUUAUUUGUUUUUUAGUUUCGGUACGUUUCCAGGGACUGCCCUAUUUGAAAUGCACUCUGUGGCAUUACCAUGCAUCACUGGGAUUUAGCUGCUCUGAAUAGAUACUGCCAGUGUAUACGUUUUUGUAGUCUAGCAGUGUAGUCUCAAAAAUUAUCCAAGACUCAGGAAAUUAGAAAAGUUGGCUUCCUUUAUUUAAAGCAAAUUUCAAAUGCCUAAAUCAGAAUAAAAUUAAGUUAGAUCCACCCAGGUUUGGUUUGAUGUCUGCAUUAUUUAAGUUCAAUUACUGAAAUAUUUUUGGGGAAAGAUAAUACUUGAUAUCUGGAUUGUUUGUGUAGCAGGGUGUAUGGCAGACAUGUUUUAAAUAGUGUACCUUUCUUGUUUAUUGCAACUUUUCAUUUUUGGGUGGUAUUGUAGAAUAUCAUACGAGUAUUAUUUGAAUUAAGGCUUCGUCUUUUUUUUUUUUUUUUAAUGAAGCUUUUUAUUUGGGUGGCUUAAUCAUCCAAUCAUUCUCUUCCAAGCCAACAUGACACAUUAUUUUAGAACAAAAGUAGCCUAUAAUGAAAAAUCCUUGGCAACCUUGGUUGUUUUCUGUUAGGAAUGAAAGCUUUUGUCCAUAAAUUCAGUAGUGAUGAGUUAUUCUCAUUUGAAGUUUACACUGCUAUAAGCACCUAAACGUUGGAGAACAUAAAUAAUAGGGCUGAAUUGUUUCUUGAAUGUACAGUCAUCCACUCAUAAGCUUCGGUAGCUUAAGUAAGUGUAAAGUGAGAACACGCUAAAGCCUAUUAAUCCCUCCACCUCCCUUAUUCCUUAUUCAAACUCCUUGUGUCACUCCUCUUAAUAUAAACACACUGCCACGGUUCAACAGUUUGCGUGUUUUGCAGUGUUUUCUGCCCAUCUGCGCCUUUUAGGGACUUCCCAUCAAUUCUGAAUGUGCAUAAUUGCUCUGAAGUGCAAAAACAUACCAUGCUUCUCAUCUUUUAGAAUUAUAUUCAGUAUUGUCAGUUUUGUAAUACUGUAAAAUAUUAUACUUUCACUCACUGCUUGUGUCCAGGAAGACAUUGAACACUUCCUGUUAAAAGAGGGAGUUUGAUGCUGCUCUAUUUCUUUCUCUGCUAAAGUGCUUGACUAAAUGUCAUGUAAUUUAAUAAUGUCCAGCAUAAUGCUUAUAUAUUUGCCAGAGAGUACUUUACACCAGUAAAUAUCCAUCUGUCCACAGCAGAGUUUGAUGCACAUCACAUAGAAUUUUGAAUAUUUAAUGAGUGCAAUAGGGAACUUUUAUUUUAAAAGGGUCAUGACAUGAAGAAUCAAAUUUUCCUAGAUAUUUCGAUAUAUAAGAGGUCACUCUACUAUAAAAAUAUACUGUGCGUUUCAGAACUCAAAACUUCCUCCUCACUGCAAAAAGAGCAUUUGUUAAAACCAAGCUGCUAAAACGACUCAUUUUCUACUUUCUCCACAUUGUGAUGUCACACUGUGGUAGAAAAUUGCAUCUGACUGCCUCCAUAACAACACAUCAACUCUUAUUUAAUCUUAUCACUUCCAUAGUCCGCCCAUGUGUGCAGUGACAUCACAAGAAGAGAGCUGGUCAGUCAAGAGCAAAGAGCCAAUCAUAGCAGUGGGUGUUUACUGUCAAGCCUGAAAGGAGAAGCAGCACCAAAAUGUUGUGUUUCUAACAGAGGGUCAGAAUGAGAGUGGAAAAAUGAUAAUCUUUUACAAAUAUAUAAUUUUUUUUUUUUUUUGUGCAAAUACUUUUCUAUUAUUAUAAGUGAACCUCAAGCAAAAUUGUCUUGACCCCUUUAAAUCUCCUUAUUGUUUUGAAAAGAAACAUUGAUUGUACUCAAAUCAGUCUCUGCCUGGCUGAUGUUCUCUUCAAUUGUUCAUGUGCCACAGACUAAUGUUUAAUCAGAGCUAGAUUAAUGAGUAUUGGUACUGUAACACAAGAAAUAUGGUCUAUGACCACAGAUCUGUCUUUCUAGUAAAGCUAGCAUUGAUCCUCAAAACACAUUUUCAAAUGCAGAGUUAAAUGAGACACAUUUAUGAGUUGAAGUCUGUCUCCAGGCCACAUUUAGCAGUAUUACCAUUUUAACUGCUAAUUCUAUAUUUUGUGAGUUGCUUCAUUCUGUAUGAUAAUGUUUUAAAGGUGAAGCUGAUCAUUUUGGGCCUCAUUUAGUCUCUGAACAGGGAGUACUGUAUGUAAGGAUAAGUAUAACCAAAAGGUGUUACACUUGGACAGUUGAAAAAUGGGGAGGGAGAAAGCUUGUUCAAAAAUGUAACAGGUGAAGCAAAGCAUAUAAAGAGAUAAUGCCAAUAGUGUUGACUUGAAACAGGCAGACUUUUUGCCUUUCUCCCUAUGAUCCUACUGAUCUUGUUGAUUACAGAUUCUCGUUCUAAUGCUUUUUCUUGUCUUGUAUCUCAAAAUAAACUGUAACAGUCAAAAUGAAUGUCAUGGUACCCAAUUGUGAACUUUUGGUAUGAAACCUUCAAACUUUGGAUGUACAUACUAAACAGGGCCUCUAAAUGCUUCGUUCUUUUUAUAUAUCUAUUUUAUUUAUUUUUUUGCUACUAAAAUAAUGUCUCAACACUUAAGAAGAGUGUUUGCUAGUGUAUGUGAUGUUUAGUCUGAGUGUUAACUGGUUGCAAGUUCAUUAAAUCUAAGUCACUUUGCAUGUUAUUUUUUUUUUUUAAUUUUGAUGGAUAUUCUGAGUUUUUCUUUUAGAGCCUAAUAAUGUCAGUUUUGAAUUUGAGGACUAUUUCAGAAGGUUAUGUGUAUUUAUAAAGUGGCCCAUUACUUAUAGAGCUAGUUUGUGGUGUUGGAUAAAUGUUCUUGUAUAAUCAUUCUCAUAAGUUACAUCAAUAUUUGCAGAGAGCUUUCAGAACUUGAAAUGUGCCUAUUGCAUUAUGGAUUUGGUGUUUUGGAUCUAAAUUUCAGAAUUCUUACUACCGUUUUACACCAAUAGACUGAAAUUUGAAUAGCACUUUUCAAGUAAGUUUAAUUUCUGUCAUGUAAAUGCACUUUUUUAAUGUGUGGUUUAAGCAAUUGCUGCAAUUGUUAAAAUACAACAAAUAAAACAUUAAAUUAUUUAUAAUUUGCCAGGGUAUUAAAUGUUUGCCCCCAGAAUCCACAGUAAAUAUGUUGCAAUAUGGCACACCUAAAGAGUAGCAACUGGGUGAAAGGGGGUGGUGUAUAUAGAAAUGUGCAUUACUAAUUUCUAAAUGGACACUUAAGAUCGUUCCUCCAAAUGAUUUUUACUGUUGUGACAUUGCCAGCAGGAUAAACACAAAGUUUAUCUGAAAAAUUGGUAUGUGUGCGCAUUGUUGAUUGUACUUUUGUUUUACAGACUAUUUGUUAGGUUUCAUUAUUUAAUGAAUGUUGUAACCUCAAUGAGUUUUUUUUCUAACUGAUUAACUCAUCAAUAAACCAAUCCCU